GUUGCUAUAACCCUGUGAUCGUGAGUGCUUCUCAGGACUCGGAACUCUACUCAGGAUCUGACCACCCUACCACUGCCACCAUCAACAACACAGACUGAGGAAGCACGCCCUUGCGGUGGUGUUUUGUAAUUUUCACCACGACACCGCCUCUCCCAGACACCUCAAGAUGGCUGGCCUUGUCAAGAUGGCUGUUGACAGAUACGUCAACCUCAUGGACUCGAUAAGUGACCCGCGGGUGAAUGACUGGCCGCUGAUGUCUUCGCCCAUCCCUACAGUGGCGAUGGUGGCUGUAUACCUCUACGUCGUCAUCUUCCUAGGCCCCAGGGUCAUGGCCAAUCGUAAACCCUUCAAGCUCAACGGCAUCCUCGUCAUCUACAACGCCGCCCAAGUUGUCUUCAGCCUCGUCAUGCUUUGGGAGCACCUAAUGAGUGGAUGGCUGCUAGACUACAGUUACAAGUGUCAACCUGUUGAUUAUUCCCACAACCCCACUGCACUUAGGAUGGCUAGUCUUUGUUGGUGGUAUUACAUCUCAAAACUGACAGAGUUUGUGGAUACGAUAUUCUUCGUUAUGCGGAAGAAAGACAACCAGAUAAGUCUGUUGCAUCUGUACCAUCACUCGCUCACACCCAUCGAGACUUGGGUCUGCGUCAAGUUUCUCGCAGGUGGUCACGGAACCUUCUCUAACCUGGUCAACAACCUGGUCCACGUGAUCAUGUACUUCUACUACAUGAUGUCUGCUCUCGGACCUCAGUACCAGAAGUACCUCUGGUGGAAAAAACAUCUCACCACCCUCCAACUUGCUCAAUUCACCCUAGUGUUCAUCCAUUCGGCUCAAGUGCUCAUCUUCGACUGUGGCUACCCCAAGUUAGUCGCUGCGUUUCUACUCGUCCACUCCACAAUAUUCUUCGUCCUCUUCCUCGACUUCUACAACCAAGCCUACAGAGCCAGCCAGAAGAAGCUGCAGAAGCUGCAAUAAGACUUUUAUCGAAAUAGUGUUAAGAUGUGAAAAGCUGUACAUUUUAGGUGCUAUACAAACUUUUCAUUAUGAGCCAAAGUUAAGUCUGAAAGUACGAUACUUUAUGCUUAGCUUAGGUAUUGUAUAGUUCUUGCCAUUUUCUCUUCAGCUGUGAAUCUAAUUGAAUGUGAUAAAACUAGAAUUACUUUGUGAGAAUUUUUCCGAACCAAGUUUUAUGAAGAAACCGUGAGGAUUUUCCAAACCAAGGUUUUACAAAGAAACCAUUAUUCAAGAUUAUUUUAUGAAUUAAAAUUAAAUAAAAGAUAACAAUAUUUUAAACUGUACCCAAUACUCACAAAAUUUAUGUGAUAGCAAAUUUAUUAAUAUUAGACUACAAGAUUUUUAUUUUUAAAGUGUGUUCUGUUAAGAGUAUUAAAUAUCUAAGGUAUUUUGUAUAUGUAUUCUGAAAUAACACAAAAUUAGUUAAUUGCUUUAAAAAUGAAUGGCUUGCUAUAAAACAAGUUGAGAACUCAAUAUUUUAGGGCAGUAAAAUGUUUGAAACCUAGUUUUCAGUUCAAGAUUUUGGCAAUACUUAUAAUUUAUUUUACUUAUUGUAAUAAGUACAAUUUCUCAUACUUAUUUAGUUCAUAACUAACUGGUGUUCAAUUAAAGGAGAACGUAUAUUUUUCAUGAAUUAGAAUAAUUCUCAAGCUUUUAAAUAUUUAAAAAAUUAUUUUUUACAUGACUAAAACUUUUUUGGUACGUAACUGGCAAUAAAAGUUAACAAAUAGUGUUUAAAGAAAUUUCCAAGAUCAAUUACAGCUAAUCGAACACUUAAAAAUAUUUCACCAUCUUUAUGAAGUAAAGUUUACUCUUUACCUGAUGGAGGAACAAAUACCAUCUAUUAUUUUAUUUAUACAUCAUUACAUUUAUCACAAAAUAUUUAAGUCGUAUUUAUAACCGACCAUUAACGUAUGGAACAUUUAUUACACUGAAUUGUAGCACGUUCAAUACAUACUGUUAUGUGUACCCUAGUAACAAACUAUUUAUUCGCAGCAUUUGCGAUCGUAAGUCGCUCCCAGUUUUGUCUGAUCCUGUACAUAUUCUUGCCAAGUACCUUUGACCUAACCAAGGUUAAUUCUUGUAGUUAUUUAUCGUAGAUAUCCGUCCGCCGGCGCUGUCGUGCCUUGUAUAUAGUCUGUGCAAUCGAUCGAUUGCGGCUCAAAGAGUAUUAUUGUUAAGUGUUAUUGAAUUCAGUGAAUUAAGUAUUUAGGUUCGUCAAGAGGUUGAUUGAGAUUGAUGACAUGUUUCGUCAACGCUCUCAACCGAGCUUUCGGCUUAAGACUUUUGUUCGGGUUGUAAGAUUACGAGCGUAGAAAUAAGUUUGUUAAUAUACCUAUGUAAUCUCUAUACGAGAAAUCAAACCAGUCAAAAUGUAGUAUUGUAGAUUAAAUUUAUACUUUAAUGUAA